GUGCAGCUGUGUUUUCGGGGAGGGGUACAGCGACUAUAGGCGGUUUCCGCUAGCUGUGUUGGAAAAGCUGAUCCAUAUUCAAGCAAUCACACACACGCACACGCAAAUUACUGCCAGAAAGAAGAGGAGAAACUCGUUGUUCUAGUGGUUUAUUGUUACCCGGGUUGUGAAGAAACUGAUUGCAUGCUUUUCAGUGCGAAAAUGUGGCAGGAAGUUACCCUCGUUGUUGCAGUUUUUGUAACUGUAAACUCCGGCGACAAUCCAGAUCUAGCAACCCAAGAUUUGGCAACCAUUUGGAAGCUAUCAUUAGCAGCAGUUUGGGAUUCAACCGUAUUCUGUAAGCUCAUGGCCUGGCACAUCCCCACCCUAUUAUUACUGUCAAGUUGGGCAUCAAACAUGGUUCAAUGAAGAAAGAAGGUCAAUGCCAAAUUCCACCAUUUGUCAAAUCAGCUGUCCUACUGGAUCAGCAUCUCAUUCAGGGAAGUUUCUCUGUGGGUCAAGUUGUUUCCUACAGAUGUUUGCCAGGUUAUAAUCGGAAUGACAGCACUCCAAAUUUUGUUGUUUGUCAAGCCGAUUUAACUUGGUCCAGGCCAUCAAUGAAUUGCAUGCCUAAAGAAUGCGGUUCUCCAAGGGAGUUAGAAAAUGGUUAUUGCAUUGUUAGUGGACAAACAUUUGGAGACACAGCAACUUACCACUGUAAUACCGGCUAUCAACUGCUUGGCAGAAGUCAGAUACUAUGCACCAUUCGUGGAUGGAGUAGGAGUUUUCUAUUCUGUGAGCCAUUUCUUAACGAUAAAAACCAGGCUUCCACUCCUUCUACAGUCUCAACUAUAAUCAGCACAGUAUAUGAAACAACAGCUCAGACUCGCUCCCUUACUACAGAUGGUGCACAGACAAACCAUUCAUUUACAUUACCUAGCUCUCGUCCUUACAAUGAAGACCAACCUUUCAUUCCUUCUACUGUCGCAACUACGAUCGACACAAUGAAUGAAACAACAGAUCACACUCUCUCUCCUACUAUAGAUGGUGCAAGGACAAACUAUUCAUUUACAUCAUUACCUAGCUGGGACAAAGGCCUGGCUUCUUUUAAUGCACCAGUAAUUGAGGCAGAAAAUGAAGGGUUCAAAGGCCUGGCUUCUUUUAUUGCACUAGUAAUGGAUGCAGAGGAGACGGCAGAAAAUGAAGAUACUGCUACAUAUGAACAAAAUCAAACAGAUCGUUCUUUGAACACCAGUGUGAACGCAGUAAUAAACAAAAUAAUACCUCCAAAUAAACCACAAAUUCCUACAGAAAACUUUGAAAAGAGCCUAACACAAUCAGCAGCUCCUAACAUUUCAGGUGCCUCUCAAAUCAACCGCAUAGUCUUGAUUUUUUCAGGACUCAUUAUCGUCACAGCAAUAGCAAUAGCAAUAACAAUGAUCAAAUAUAUUUGUGUCAGAAGGAAGUCUGGGUCCUAUAACACAGGGAGCGAAUUCCUAGAACAUCACAAGGAUAUGGAUCUAAAGAUAAAAUCAUUCAUGUUAUGGACCAAACCAGAACCCCUCUCAAUAUAUCAAUAAGAUAGACUAGAGCCUAAGGUUUUCUUAUUUUAAAGGCAAGUGCCAGACAUUUCAUUCUAGAUGCAAUUGGAUUGGUCAAACUACCAGAUUUGAUGCAAAGCACAUUUUACUCAUACACUACAGUUAAAAUACAACAAAAGAAAUUGAAAUUUGGAAUAACUUAACUCUUUGGCAAAAAGUAAUAGAAUAAUAGAUUAUUUUACUACUAUACAAUAACUGAUCCAAGAUAGUAACAUCUCAAAAGCACACCAUUGACAGUGGCAAGUCAAUAACACAGAUGGUCUCAUAUUCGAUUCUAGCAGCCCAGGAGGAAAAACAUCAAGUGAAAAUGCAUAAUGUAGCAGGGAGAGAUAUAUUGCAACUUUCAAGCCCUGCUGACACCCCAGCAAUAACUGCCGAUACUGGAAAGCUCAUAAAAGUAAAAAUUCUGGUUCUUUUGAGAGCUUGGCGCCACUCCUUCAGGCUUCCUUUAUUGUUCCAACUGUCUUUUUAUAAAAAACCGAAGGUCUCAUAAACUAUUUACUGUAGUGGCUCUGAGUAGAUUGCUUGGUGCCUUUGCUUCAAAACCUCGCUUGAGAAACAUCAUGACACAAUACACCUCUUAAAUUCAUAGAAGCAUCACAUUAGAAAUUGAAACAACAGUCAUUUUGUGUUAAAGUUGGCUUUAACCCCAUUUGUUGUGGUUGGACGAGGGAAUAGUUCAGCUCUUUUGGUUCAAUGGAUCAAAUUUGUAAAGUGCUCCAAAACAGAGAGGAAUCAGAAUGCAGUAUAAUAUAAUUGGUACUUCAAUAACUUUGGAACCUGUAUAUUAAACAUAAAAUGUGCACAUUUUCUUGCUUGAAUAUGGGUUUUUAAUGAGAAUGGUUAUCAGCACCUUGUGUUGUUAACUCUAAUAAAUUAUGAUGUAAACAUCUGCUCCCUUUUGCAAUUUACCAAAGUUGGGUUGUAUUGACUCAAAAAAUGGACAUACCUGUAGAUAAAGGGGCUGAAAUGUCUUCCACUACAGUUUGUGAUAUAAGGCACAGUGCAAUUUUUUCUGAAGAAGGGUCUAGGCCCAAAACAUCAGCCUUGCUGCUCCUCUGAUGCUGCUCAGCCUGCUGUGUUCAUCCAGCUCUACACCUUGUUGCAAAGGAUUAUUGGCAAUUUGGAUUUGUAAGGGAUUCUCCCUUUAAAGAGAAAUUUGUCACUGGCUAAAAUUAAAGGAUUGAACAAGUUCUGGACUUUGCAGAUCUUAAAAAUUAUGCAAAAAAAUUGCAAACCUUUGAAAAUGCUUGAACAAACAAUUUUGGCAAAAAUGUUCUUUACUUUUUAAUGAUGCACACUUGAAACAACUAUAAACAAAUUAUCUGUCAUACUGAUGAUUGUCAUCAUUCAGAUCUGGCUGCUGCCUGCCCUGCUGGGAUUUUUUUCAGCAUUUUCACAUAUUUAAAGCUUUUAUGCAUGGAGAGAGAAAACAGUGAUCCAAACACCCCAAGCUCCUGUUAGAUUAUCAUAUCAAAUAUAACACCCAUCUUAAUGCCAGUGGGUGACAGAGAGGAUUCAGAAAAUGAAAAAAAAUCAUCAGAGAGACAAGUUACUUUAAAGUGAAGCUACUUCAAUAAAUGAAUGAAAUAUUCUUUAUGCUGGUUUUGCCUAAAUGUGGAACAAAGAUGGCCAAGUGCAAUGUUUCUGUAAUUUGGAAAUAUGAGUAUGUUUCAAUGAUCAUAUACGUGAUUGUUAAAAUGUGUGAUCAGAGGGUACUCAUCCCUGUGAAUGCAUUAUACUAUUGUCAAGAUAUAUUUUUGGUGUAGAGUGCACAACUUUCGUCUGGUUUCCCAGUUUAAAUAAAGAGAGAGAGAGUUUGGAAGAAAAGUCAUAUCGGACUUAACGUUAACUUAAUUUCUCUCUGCACAGAUGCUGCCAGACCUGUUAAGUUUCUCUCGCACUUUCUUUUUUUUGUAAUAAAUGGCUUAUUCAUUUAAGAACAAUAGAAUAGUAUGUGAAUUAUAUAUUUAAAUGUAUAUGUAGAGUUGCUUCUUUCACUUCAAUAUAAAAAUAAACUUUUAAAUCUUAAUCCUUUUA